AUGAAUCAUUUGGGUGGUGAGAUUGACGAUGUGGAUGAAUGUUCAAGGUUGGCUGUACAAGAUGAAAGUAGUUUUGAUAUGAUGCCCAGUUCUACCAAGUCGAAUCUUGAGGGUUUCAAAGCAUUUAAGCAACGAGAGGAUGAAAGAAAAACGAUGUAUUUGGAACAACAUUUAGGUGAAUUUUGUAUUAGUUGUGGUAUAAAUGAAAAAGCCGUAAAUAGCUAUUUAGAUGAGGGAAAAAAGCAUGCGGAUGUAGUUUAUGUUGUAAGCACAAAUGAUUGUAAGAUAUGUAAUUCGACUACGGGUGUAUCUUGUGAUUUGCAUCAACAUCGUCAAUAUCAUGAAGUGAACUGUAGAAGUGAAUGUGGAAGUAUUUAAAGUGGGAGUAUUUAAGUGGAAGUAUUUAAAGGGUACUCUAAAAACAGAAAUAACGCAAGAUAAACGCUCAAAUAACACAAAACAUGGCUGAAUGUAACCUAAACUGUCCGCCUGUUGUCGACUGUAAAAAGUGGGUGCAAGCCAAGCGCAUAUUUGAAGGAGAAAGUUGUGCACUUUCCUACAAAGAGGACCAAUGAGGACCAAGACUGGUUUGAUGACGAAGAUGAGGAGUUUCAAUUUACUGAAUCCAAUCAGUGGUUCGAAGAUGCAUUUGUCGCCGGUUUGAAGGAGUGGGAAGAGAUGCAGUGCGGGUAUUUAAAAGUACGACAGAGACAGUUGGAUGAGGCCUUGGAAAGAUUAAAAGACACU